AGGAGAAACAAAGUUCUAGGUGGAAAAGUUUUAUCCUUUUUGGUAUUUUCGGUAAAUAACUAUGAUUGUAUAGAUGAAGAAAAACUGUUAUGAAAAAAAAAAAAAAAAUGUUAAGUUAUCCUUGUUAAAAUAAUUUGGAAAAUGCUUGCUUAAUUUUAUCAACUUUAAAGUAUAUUUACCCUAAAAAAAGAAAAAAGAAAGAAAGUAUAAUUUAUAUUACCAAGAGGCACUCCCAAACAUUUUAAUUGCGACACUUCUUAUCCUUCAAUUCACAAGCAUUAUACUCCAAACUCAUGGAGACUAUCACCAACAUAUCCCUCCACAUUUCCUUGUCUCUUCCUCAAACUCUCUCCCUUCCCUCAUCCCCUCCACCAGCUCCUCCAUGGAAGAUCCACCACCUCCACCCCCACCUCCACCACCACCUCUCAAAACCUAUAAAUUAACAGCUUCCUCAGACUCUCUCCCUUCUGUCAUCUCCUCCACCAGCUCCUCCAUGGAAGAUUCACCACCACCACCUCCACCACCACCACCACCUCUCAAAACCUAUAAAUUAACAGCUUCCUCAAUCUCCUAUACCAAAUCCACCACCCCAUCCAUUGCACCCACCUUCCUCUUCAAACCCUGCAUUACAUGUACACUACCACCCAAAUACAUCCUCCAAGAAGUCUCUCUCACCGCCUAUCCUUCUCAAAUCCUCGCCAUUGUCGGCCCAAGUGGUGCCGGAAAAUCCACACUACUCGACAUUUUAGCUGCAAGAACUUCCCCCACAAGUGGCACUCUUCUUCUCAACUCUUCCCCACUCAACCCUUCUUCAUUCCGAAAACUCUCAGCUUAUGUCCCUCAACAUGAUGCAUGCCUUCCAUUGCUCACUGUAUCCGAAACCUUCGCCUUCGCCGCUUCCCUCCUCAACCCUAAAUCACCCAAAAUUGUAGCCAUUGUGGCCUCUCUCCUCGCCGAGCUCAGGCUCACACACUUGGCACACACACGGCUCGCCCAUGGCCUCUCCGGUGGAGAGCGAAGACGUGUCUCGAUAGGCCUUAGCCUCCUCAAUGAGCCGGCCGUGUUACUUCUCGAUGAACCCACCUCAGGGCUUGACAGUACUUCUGCUUUCAAUGUAAUGCAGACCCUCCGGACGAUCACCGACUCACAUCACCGGACGGUGGUCUUGUCCAUACACCAACCUAGCUUCAAGAUCCUAUCUACCAUUGAUAAAAUUCUAUUGUUAUCAAAAGGAAGUGUUGUGCACCAAGGUACACUUUCUUCACUUGAAACUUUCUUACUCUCCAAUGGCUUCACUGUCCCUCCACAGCUCAAUCCCCUAGAAUAUGCCAUGGAAAUACUAAACCAGCUUCAUAUCCAUCAACACAUCUCACCUCCAAUUUCCCUUCCUUUAUCACCCAAUAAUUCUAUGAUUCCACCUAAUUCUGAUGAUAAAACAAGAGAUAUAAGAUACAAGAGCUCAAGAGUUCAUGAAAUUGUCACUCUUUAUAAAAGGUUUUGGAAGAUUAUAUAUAGAACAAAACAACUACUCUUGACAAACACAUUACAAGCUCUUGGUGUUGGUCUUGUGUUGGGAACAAUUUACAUCAAUAUUGGGUUUGACAAGAAAGGGUUGGAAAAGAGACUAGGCCUUUUCGCCUUCACUCUCACCUUCCUUCUUUCCUCCACAACUGAAACCCUACCAAUCUUCAUCAAUGAAAGGCCAAUUGUACUGAGAGAAACUUCAAGUGGGAUUUACAGAUUAUCAUCAUAUCUCAUAGCAAACACAUUAGUCUUCUUGCCUUACCUCUUCGCCAUAGCCAUCGUGUACUCGAUUUCGGUCUACUUCUUGGUGGGACUUUGUGCUUCAUGGCAAGCUUUUGCUUACUUUGUUUUGGUCAUAUGGAUCAUAGUCUUGAUGGCUAAUUCGUUUGUUCUCUUCUUGAGCUCCAUAACUCCGAACUACAUCGCCGGAACGUCUCUUGUGACGAUGCUUCUAGGGGGUUUCUUUCUCUUCUCCGGCUACUUCAUAUCGAAAGAGAACAUGCCCAAGUACUGGCUGUUCAUGCACUACUUCUCAAUGUACAAGUAUGCCCUUGAUGCUCUUCUCAUCAAUGAGUACUCUUGCCAUAUAUCACGGUGUUUCUGGUAUGUUGAUGUGGACAAGACAUGCAUGUUAACGGGGCGUGGUGUGUUGCAAAAGAGAGGGCUUCAUGAGAGGCAGAGAUGGACAAACAUCUAUAUCUUGAUUGGAUUCUUUGUGUUGUAUCGUGUGCUUUGUUUGAUGGUUUUGAUCAGAAGGGUUUCGAGAUCCAAGAAGUGAGAGAUAUCAUGAUUCUGGAAGUGUUAAUGAUCCAAUAUAUAGUUAAUUUGAUGCAUAUAUGAUGGUUCAUUUCAUAUGGUUUGAUUCUACUUGGAAUUCAAAUUGAAAUAAUUGGAAAUAAGGUAAUUACAAAACAUGUUUGGUUCAUUGAUUUUGAA